AUGGCUUCAGAACAGGCUGGUGCCGCGUACGAGGCUCAGCAUGUGCAUGAUGUGUACGAGCAGAUCGCUUCACACUUCUCGGCCACUCGCUACAAGCCGUGGCCUGUUAUCGAGAAGUUUCUCAAAGGCCUGAGAGCUGGAUCAGUAGGACUGGAUAUUGGGUGCGGUAACGGCAAAUACCUCACAGUCAACCCUGAUGUCUUUAUCGUCGGCAGUGAUCGCUCGCCGUCGCUCACCAAGAUCGCAUCGUCGCAUCAGCCACACGCAGCUGUCGUCUCGGAUAUCCUAUCGCUGCCUCACCAGAACCAUGCCUUCGACUUCGCAAUCAGUAUCGCCGUACUCCACCACCUGUCCACCCCGGAACGCCGCGUCGAGGCCGUCCAAACCAUCCUCGACACCCUCAAUGCCGAUGGACAAGCAUUGCUAUAUGUAUGGGCUUUGGAACAGAAAGACAGCAGACGAGGAUGGGACGAGGGGAAUCAGCAAGACACUAUGGUGCCCUGGAAGCUGCAAAACAAAGGAGAUGCUGCCCAGCCAGAACCCUCGCCCGAACAGGCUCAGACAACGACUGGCACGAGCCUCGAGCCCGCUGGUGACAAGACAUUUUAUCGCUACUAUCAUCUGUAUCGAAAGGGAGAAUUGGAAGAAAACAUCGAGCUUGCUGGUGGCACAAUCGUUGAAGCGGGCUACGACAGAGACAACUGGUGGGCCAUUUGCCAGCGGAAACAGACUUGA